AUGCGUAAGUACAUACUAAUUGAAUUUCGUGUCAUUUUGCAUACAUGGGAAGAACACACACGCCUCUGGUUUGUCGCCGUGAAUGAUGACGAUGAGCAGAAAGCCAACAUUGAUAUUGUUUUUGCCGCUGGCAAUCAUGAUGAUGGAGAGCCGUUCGAUGGAAAAGGUAAUAUUCUGGCACACGCUUUUUUUCCAAGGUACGGAGGAGAUGUACAUUUCGACGAAGAUGAGAAUUGGAGUGCAAAUAAGUCAAAAGGAGUUGAUUUGUAUGCAGUGGCCGUUCACGAAAUUGGUCAUUCACUUGGACUGAAGCACUCUUCAAACCACUUGUCCAUUAUGGCUCCGUUCUAUAAACAGUACACUGGUAGUAUCAUGCAUCUUCAUCAAGAUGACAUUCUGGCUGUGAAAAGAUUAUACGGAUCACCAGUGAAAAUUCGGAAAAAAACUUCAACAAAUCACAUUUGGAGAUCAGAAUUGUGCACGAAACCUUACUUGGAUGCAGUUACCACGUUGAAAAAUGGAACAGUCUUGGCAUUUCGAGGUUUGAAAUUCGAUUCCUAUUUUUCUAUGUAUCUGAAACUAAUACAAGCAGGUAACAUGUUCUUCGAGUUAAGAACCAAUCGCAAGUGGUUUUUACCAAGAAGAAUCAACAAAGUAUUCCCAUUUGAUGGUCCUCUCGAAGCAGCUACCACUGACAGGCAUGGCAAUGUUUAUUUUUUCAAACGGGAAAUCUACUGGGUCAUGACAAAGUACGGUGAUAUGAUGAAUGGGUAUCCGAAAAAGAUCUCUACUGGAUUGACUGAUACACCUGAUGGAAUAAGUGCUGCGUUGUAUUACCAUGAAGAUGGGAAACCUUAUUUUUUCAAAAAAUCAUACUUCUGGCAAUAUUCUCGGCACGGAAAACAAGGCAUAUGGCCUCAAGCUAUGUCGACUGUUUUUGACAACAAGGACUACCCACCUGAAAUUGAUGCAGCAUUCCAAUUCAACAACACAUCGUCUUUUUUAUUCCAUCAGGACAAGUACUGGAAAGUUAGUGGAACCCCAAUGCGCAUUGAGCCUGGGUAUCCAAGGUCAAUUGCUAAGGAUUGGUUUCAUUGUAAUUAA